AUGGAAGGCAUUUUAUCUAUGCAUGAUGAAGUUUAUCCAUUGAAAAGUCGACGUAAAAAAUCAUCUACAUAUUUAUCAAAUUCUACAAAUCUUAAAGAAAAUACAUUAAGUAAAUCGAAUAUAAUAUCAAUAUCUUAUCAAUAUAUAAAAACAAUGGUAAGUCAACGUUCAGUUUAUAUUCUUGGAGUAUUAAAUCUUGUUCUUGCUGUUAUUGCUAUUAUUUGUGUAACACAAGCAGAAGAUCACCCGGAAUAUUUUUCACUUGUUUAUAUUGCUGUAAGUAUAUUUAUAUUUUAUAUGGGUACAAUUAUAUUUAUUAUUAUAUUACAAAUAAUUGAAACAUAUAAAGAUCAUAAUAAAAAAACUCAAUCAUCAUCAUCAAUUAAUGUUCCUUUAUUAACACCACAAGUAAAUAUUCAAUCAAAUCCAGUUCUUAUUCAAAAUAUACCAACAAAAUUAGAAACUAAAACACGUUUAUUACGUAGUCAAACAUUACCAUUAACAUUAUUUUCAAAAGAUAGAGAAGAAAAUGUACCAAUAAUACCAUCAUCAUAUACAGUUAAAGAUUUUAACCAAAUAGAAUCAGCUCGAUCAGCAUUAUUACCUAAACAUGAACAAUCAUUUAAAACGAUUCCAAAAAAUUAUCAAUCAUUUGCAGUAACAACUAAUGAUCAAUUCUAUCCAUUACAUACUACAACAACAACUAUUAAUGAUAGUAAUGAUCCUCAUGCACCAUUACUUAUUAAACCAAUUCCAUUUAAAUAUCCUGGAAAUAAUGAUGAUAAUAAUAGAACAAAAGUUAAAUUCGUAGAUUAUGAAUAG